GGCAGCAUAGCUUGAUGAGGAUAUGAAGCCCUUAGCUUUGUGCUACUAUCCACGAUGUGGAUCCAUGUCUCUCUUCAUCUGAUGAAUGUCAGAAAGGAAGUACUUUGGAAACUACUGAAUGUUUAGUGAUUAGGAAAACUAUGUGAGAAGCCCAGUUGACAAACGUGGAUUUCUUCUACCAGAAGCCUUCGGGUUUGGGGGUUUUUUUUUUUCUUUGCCUACUGUGAACCCUUAGACACUUCACUCUUGUGCCAUGUUCUGUGGCUCUCAACAUAAGAGGAAUUUGUCUUGAUGAAGAUUCCUAACAUCGGUAAUGUGAUGAAUAAAUUUGAGAUCCUUGGGGUUGUAGGUGAAGGAGCCUAUGGGGUUGUACUUAAAUGCAGACACAAGAUGCAGUCCUAAGGAUUACACUUGAGAGCUGGAUAAAGAAAAAGGAGACGCAUGAGAUUGUGGCCAUCAAGAAAUUCAAAGACAGUGAAGAAAAUGAAGAAGUCAAAGAAACCACUUUACGAGAGCUUAAAAUGCUUCGCACUUUGAAACAGGAAAACAUAGUGGAACUGAAGGAAGCCUUCAGAAGAAGAGGAAAGCUGUACUUAGUGUUCGAAUAUGUGGAAAAAAAUAUGCUUGAAUUGCUAGAAGAAAUGCCGAAUGGAGUUCCACCUGAGAAAGUAAAAAGUUAUAUCUACCAGUUAAUCAAAGCAAUUCAUUGGUGUCAUAAGAAUGAUAUUGUUCACAGAGAUAUCAAACCAGAAAAUCUCUUAAUAAGCCACAAUGAUAUUUUGAAGCUGUGUGAUUUUGGUUUUGCUCGAAAUCUCUCCGAAGGAAGCAACGCUAACUACACUGAGUAUGUGGCCACCCGAUGGUACCGAUCACCUGAACUCCUGCUGGGAGCCCCUUACGGAAAGGCUGUGGAUAUGUGGUCUGUAGGCUGCAUUCUUGGGGAGCUAAGUGAUGGGCAGCCAUUAUUUCCUGGAGAAAGUGAAAUCGACCAGCUGUUUACAAUACAGAAGGUGCUAGGACCACUCCCAUCAGAGCAGAUGAAGCUUUUCUACAGCAAUCCCCGUUUUCAUGGGCUGCGGUUCCCUGCAGUCAACCAUCCACAAUCUUUGGAAAGAAGAUACUUAGGAAUUUUAAGUAGUGUUUUGCUUGACCUUAUGAAGAACUUGCUGAAACUGGAUCCAGGAGAUAGGUAUUUGACAGAACAGUGUUUGAACCAUCCUUCAUUUCAAACCCAGAGACUCUUGGAUCGCUGUGGAAGUUCACCUUCACGGACAACUAAGAGAAAAUCCUAUCAUGGGGAGAGCAACACAUUAUCAAACAGAAAUCAAGCCAGCAAAAGUGCUGCUUUGCAGUCGCAUCACAGAUCGAACAGCAAGGAUAUGCAGACUCUAGGGGUUGGACUACAAAGAGGAGAAGAAGUUCUACCAGCAAAUGAAAGCUUCAUAAAUGGAAACCUCACGGGAGCUGCACACAGUCCAAUGCAUGCAAAAAAAACAAGCAACCCACCUGGAACUGGCAGCAAGGACCUAGCCAAUAAUAACAUCCCACAUCUUCUCAGUCCAAAGGAAGCAAAGACAAAAACAGAAUUUGAUUUUAAUGUGGACCCAAAAGCUUCUGAUGGUCCAGGUACAAAAUACCUGAAGUCAAACGCCAGAUCUCAACAGAAUCGGCACUCGUUUAUGGAAAGUUCUCAAAGCAAAACCGGCACGCUGCAACCAGGUGAAAAGCAAAGUCGCCAUAGCUAUAUUGAUACUAUUCCUCAGUCAUCCAAGAGCCCCUCAUAUCGGACAAAGUCCAAGAGUCAUGGGGUCCUGACAGACUCCAAAUCUGUGGGUAACCUUUCUGAGGCCAGAGCUCAAAUUGCAGAACCAAACAGCAGUCGGUAUUUUCCAUCAAGCUGCAUGGACUUGAACUCUCCUACCAGCCCAACUCCUCCUCGCCAUGGUGAUAACAGAACUUUACUCAGCCCAUCUGGGAGGAAUAACCGAAGUGACAGUACCCUUGAUUCACGAAGACUGUCAACAAGACAUUCCAAAACCAUGGAGGAGUUGAAACUGCCAGAUCAUAUGGAUGGAAGCCAUUCACAUUCGUUAUCUGCCCCACAUGAAUCUUUUUCAUAUGGUCUAGGUUACACUAGCCCCUUUUCCUCACAGCAGCGCCCUCAUAGACACUCUAUGUAUGUGAGCCGGGACAGAGUGAGGUCAAAGGGCUCAGAGGGUGGCUUAAGCGUAGGGCAAGGGAUGGCAGCCAGAGCAAACAGCCUGCAACUGUUAUCUCCACAGGUGCAGCAUAGGUCACUCACCAGAUCUGUUGGCUCCUCACGUGAAGAUUGUACAGAAGAUACGAAUAGGCAGAGUGACCAGAUUCCACCAGAGAUGAAUCUGACAAGACCACCAGUUAAAGAUGCCUCCAGAGAUGUUACAACCUCAUUUCAUUCACGGCAAAAGUCUGAGGGUGGAGCGUACCAUGAUCCACACUCAGAAGAUGGAGCAUCCACUAAAGAAAACAGAGUUCUGUAUAAUGACCCUAUUCCUAGAAGAGUUGGCAGCUUUUAUAGAGUUCCAUCUCCGCGUCCAGAGGGUACAUUCCUUGAAAAUAAUGCGUCAAACAGAGCCCCUGCAAUACCAUCAGACAGCGGCACCGUGACAAACCACUCAAAGAGACAAACCACCUUUGAUACGUGGAAAAGUCCUGAAAAUGUUAACAGUCAUUCAGAGCAACUCAAGGAGAAAGAAAAGCAAGGCUUUUUCAGGUCAAUAAAAAAGAAGAAGAAGAAAUCUCAAACUACAGAAUCCACCAACGGCGAGAAUCCAAGCAUCAAGAAAUCCCUCUUUCCUCUUUUUAAUUCAAAGAAUCAUUUAAAGCAUAGUUCUUCUUUGAAAAAGCUUCCUGUAGUCACUCUACCCAUGAUGCCUAGCAGUGAUGGUCAGGAUCUUUUGGCAUUACAAAAAGCCAUUCACUCUUCUAAUCACCAGGUCAGCCGGCAGAAGGAUUGGCAUCCUGAGAAGAUGGCAGAAAUCCAAACUCAUAGCCAACCUUUAAAAUCCCUUCGAAAGCUAUUACAUCUCUCUUCCUCUUCAAAUCAUCCUGUUCCUCCGGAGCCCCGCUUCCAGCCCUUGCCUAGUCAGCCAGCCAAAGCUACUUUUUCUGAAGUGCGAAUUCAUCCCAUGAGUCAGACUUCCAGCAGCAGCAACGUCCGGCAGGAGUCCCAGUCAAAAUGCAGACCGACACUCCAGAUACCAGGUCAAAUGGAACCAACAUGGCAUGUCUCCCCUGUGAACAGGAGCACUAAUGAGGGAACACCUUAUACCGAUCAGCUGCCUUCGAAGAGUGGACAGAAUGGACACACGUAUAACCGAACAAGCCGAUCACGAAUGCCAAAUCUGAAUGAUUUAAAAGAGACGGCCUUGUAAUAGUACUCCAGAAAAUAUGCCAAUCCACGUGGAAACUUGAGUAGGGGUGUCGUGGUGGUGCUGGUGAUGGUAAGACUGCAUUUUCAGCUUUAUAAAGGUGUGCAAUAUGUACAUGUGGAGCUAGCCUGUUUGGCACCACAUUGCUAGUCAGGGAUCAUACAGUAAAACAAGUUGAAUUAUUAAUUAUCAAUCAUCAGAAAUCUCAUUCGAUGAUAGACAGAGUGUGCAAUUCAGGGAGAAGAAAUGUAUUGCCAUUUUCUCUCAUUUACAUUCCAGCUUAGUGCACAUCUCUGUCUCAAAGCUGGAGAAGUUUAGGUAUGCAUUGGCACUUAAAGGGUGAAAAAAAAUAGUGUCUAGACCUAUGCCCUUACUACAUAUUUUGCUGCCUAGUUAAAACAGUGGGGUUUAUGUGAUAUAAGUGUAUCCCUGUUAAGGGUUUAAAGUUGAAUUGUAUGUCUUAAAUUUGUUUUUUAAACUUCCAUAUUUGAUAGAAUUUGUAAUAUUUAUUUAUGAUGAACCAAUAUCGUACUGUUAUAAUCAUAUCUUUUAUGUUCCAAUGUAAAGUUAUUUUGAGCUGUUUGAAACAUUGUGAAGCAGUGCAACAGCUACAGUAGUUUCUAUUAAAAAAAACAAAAGAACUAACAGUAACAUUUAUAUAUUGCAUCAGGAGUAUUUUAUUCUAUACAUAAAUAUAUAUAAAUGGUAAAUAACUGUCUGUUUUUUAAAUAUACUCAUUUAAAAGAAAAGUAUUGUUAUGACACUAUCUGCCAUAUUUUUAUACAUUUGUGAUAUAAAGUGCAGUAUUAUACUUCUAAUAAAAGGAAGUUGAAUGUGGAUAUGUGUGACUGUAACAGUAUGACUCUUGCUCCGCUAUUAGAGCGCAGUAUUAUAGGCAUUAUUGUCGGUAGCAAACAAAAUAGAACACUCAGUUCCAAAUUUUAUUAUAGGCUACUUGUUGGACGUAAUGGCUAGAUGUAAGAGACUACAGAACUAUACAGUAAUCUAAAUGCGGUAUAUUCUCCCCUAGGUGUGUACUUUGCUUUCCCAUUAGUGUGACGGGAAUUAUGCAUCUGCAUCAAAACCAUAAAGUUCUAAUAACACAUCUGAGAAGGUGCCCCUUGACCACAAGCUAAAGCAGAUGCUCAUCCACAUAAUUGUAGGGGUGAAGACCAAAGAAAUAUAGCAUGAGUUGCAAGUGAAAUGCCAAAAUUGUGACAUGUACACAUAGCAUGGCACUGCAGAUCAUGGUAUAAGCUUUUUUGCAUACAUAUAUUUUACAUUUUGUUUAAAACUGUGUUUAACUAGAAAGAUAAAUAUUGUACUUAAAUUUAAAAUACACUUGCACUUUUUUUUGGUUUCAGGAUAUACUUAAAGCUAGUAAAACAAUGAUAUUCAGAUGGAGAAGAAGGAAGGUUGCCAGACAGCUUAAUUUCUCUUUGGAUUCUCACUACCAGAACAUUCCUGUUCACAGUUGGUUUCCAUUUCUACAAAAUAUUAGAUUUGAGGUUCAUGGCAAUUCAAAGAGCUGCCUUUAAAACGAAGGAUUUUAUGCAUAACAAAUGCAGGGUCUGGUUCCCCUCUCUUACACUGGGGUAAAUCAGCAGUAAUUCCCAAGUAGUCAAAGUUGAACUAGUGUAAAUUUGGCUCAAGUGAAAGGAGAAUCUUGCCUGUAGUGUCAGAACAAUACCUAUAUUUGAACUCAGCACUUCACCUCUUACAUUACUCUGAAGUGUAGUUCAGUUUUUGUGAGUUGUCAUUGUAAUAAUUGUGCUUACAAGUAUUCUGUCCUUUCCAAAAAGAGACUAGUCUAAACAUGAAUUUGAUAUUCCAACCACAGAAAUAGAUGCAAAUGUAGCCAGCUAGCUCCUCCUUCAUUAGCAGUGCAGAAGGACAUUAAGUUCCAUACCUCCCAAUCAUACCAGCAUUCUCAGACCAUACUACAAUACAAUUGGCAUCAACACUUGCAAAAUAUAGAGUACAGUGAGAAGUAUGGUAUUUCAGCUUUUCAUAGGACAAAAGCAGUUGGUAAUCCUGACUAGCGGACAGUAAAACAAGAAUUCUUUGUUCCUCUAUUGCUGUAAGAAAUGUCCACGUGUUUUUUCAUAUGAUAUAUAAUAUAGGGAAACAUUACACAUUAUGUAAAAUAUACCAGUGAAAGGGUGCUUUAUGUUUGGAUGGGCACAGUGGACAUCUGAGAGAGCAUCUGAGGUUGUUCUUAAUUGAUUAUCAUUGUAGCUAUUUGAUUUAUAAUAUACUGAUUGUAACCGUUUCAAAGAGAGGUCUUUCUGUAUCCACCAGUUCACUACAGUUGGGUUAGCUCUACUCUCCAGUAUGAGCUGACUGAUAUCCCAGAAUUCCCCUACAAAAACUUUGGCAUUAGUUUGAGAAUGGGGCUCUAAGCAGUACCGUAUGAAUGUCUGCAAGACUGGUAGUGUUCAGAUUUGGCUAGUUUGUCCUUCACGUUCUUUCCUUUUUCAUUGAAUAAUACAGCACUUGCGUUUUGUCUCUAGAAGACUUCUUACUUAGCUGGUAGGAGCUUCACGCUUGGAUGAUUGGUCAUUAUGGUCAUUCUGAUUCACGGCAGGAAUUAAAACUUCCAGCAGAUUUUCCCUCAGCAUCCACUGAGCGAAAUAAGAGUGAUUACUGAUUGCACCUUCAACUGUUUAAAAUGCUUAUUACAGAUUCAAGUUUGAGCCAGGAGGCAUACAAAAUAAUUGAUGGUCCAAAAACAUGAAGCUCUUGCCACCCUACACUGCAUUUUCCUCUUUAGAAACGUCAACAAACCUUGAUAAAACUGAACAGUAAAUUGAGUUGACUGUAUGUAUUUCUCUUCAGUCUAUUUGAAGGGAUGAUGAACUUCUCAUUUAGCCAGCUGAUGUCAGAAUAAAUGUUCUCAUAUUUUCAACUGGAUCUGAAUUCCCAGCCUUUAGUGUAUUGCUCAUGUAAUUUUACUAACACUUAAAAAGGAAACUUCCUAGGAUUUUUGAACUUCUCUAGCUCACCAAAAAAGAGAAAUGUAUCAUAGAGGAAACUAUUUUUCAAUGUGAGCCUUUCUCCUUACUGAGGUCUCUUGGUCUAAUUUUGUUGUAUUAUAUAUAUAUUCUGUAGAUUGACUAAGGAUAAAACAGAUAACUUAGAGAGUACGCUUUCUUUUCCUCAGCAGUCUGUUUUGCCUUAUGAUAGUGUACUAAUGUGAACAUAAAAGAAAUGUAUUUUCAAAAAGAUAAUUAAGGUGGUGUGUUCAUCUCAGGCUGCCUCAGUUUGCCUGUGAGUUUGUAGGAUUUAGUUGGCUCUUGGAAACGGAAAUAUAGGCUCUUUAAUUGCAUCUUAAUUAAAAUUAUAUUCUGUACCUGGCUAUAAAAUAUCCUCGCAGACUGUCAUUAAAAUUUGCUUGACUAGAUGCCCAGUCUUGUUGCCAAUCUUGACCGUGGUGAUGAUGAAAGAAUUACAGGAGUUAUGUUUUAUUUUCAUUUCAGACAAAAAAAGUGAGCCAUUCUGGGCAAAUGGGAUUUUCCACAGCAGUGUGGAACCAUUGUAGGCUUUUCUCCACCAUCUCCCUCACAGGUUUUCUUUCCUUUGGAGCACACCGUCUCUGUCUGAGCAAUAGGCAGAGCUCAUUGCUUGAGAAGAUAACACUCCCUGCUCCGGUAAGGUCUGCCUACGUCCUUGGUAAACCCUCCCAGUAACAGAGCUCAGGACCAACUUCAAACUCUGAUUUCUUAUGUCAAAUUAGACUUAGGUGUACAAUCUGAACAUAUGGGGUGUCUAUACACGUGCUCUGGGGUGGGGGAGGGGCCUUUUAAUUAGAGAGGCUCCCGGACGGUCGCUGUAAUUCAAAUGCCGCAGCAUCACAGGUAUUCAGCGUCCUGCGCUUCAAAACAGGGGUCUUUAACUAAAGUUCAUUCAUCAAGUUCUAGUUAAAGUGCCUCUGCCACCGUUUUGAAAUGCAAGAUAGUGAAUAUGUGACGCUGCAGCACGUGGUAGCAUUCUCAUUAGGACGCGCCAGCAGCCUCGAUUAAUCUAACUGGAACAUGUCAGAGCACGUGUAUAUGCACCCAGGGGUGCUAAUGUCACUGCACUGCAAUGCCUGUUUACAAACUACUACAUUUCCAGAACUAAGCUUAGGCGGGCCUCACAUUUCUAUACUUGCAAUUUGUCUUCAGAUAAUUUUAGACUUCUUGUCUUUCUCUCCGUCAGACAGGUUUCUGGGAGCAAAGGUAGGUUACAAGUUGAUGUUCUGGAUCAGUGCUAUUGAAGAUGCUUGAAGCAUCACUACAAUUUGUGCCAGUUGGGUGUCUGUGGAGGAUCAAUCCAAGGUAGUUUAGAAAGUCACAAAAUAAAGAUCAGAUUUUUAUUUUCCUCAGAAAUCUUUAUAAGCAUUAUUUUAAUUUUCUGCUGGUUUUAGCCAUAAAAAACUUGCCAUUUACCCUAAGUAAUUUGCAGUGUUUUAGACCUUCCUUGUUGUAGGGUUACUGUGGUUAUGUUAAUGGUGGAUAUAUUGUUGUCAUCUCUGGCCUUACCUAAGGCAGAAUGGGCAUGCUUUUAAGAGUGACUACCAGCCAGAAAGUGCUUUGGGUUCCUAUUCAAGUUACGGUUGUUCAGGUUCUUAAAAGAUCAUGUGACUGAGGCAAACUUUGAACUUAUGUACAUCCCAUUGAUUAUAUAAAUAUUGUAACUGUGCUUAUUAGAGUAGAGCUGUAAUAAUAUUUUGAAUCCAAAUUGGAUGGUCCCAGAAGGAAUAUUUUGAAAAGCCAUAACAAUGCAUCACAAAGUUUGUGGGGAUUGUGAAAAUCUAAUUUCUUCUGUGUCAAUUGAUGUACAGUAUACAUCAAAAAUGGGACCACUUCGUACACUUUGCAGCUUUGCUGCUGUACAGUUCAUGUAAAUAGGCCCAGCAAAACGUUAAGGCACAGGAGACAUUAAGGGUAAAGUACCCCAUUAACCAUUUAUAAAUCUCCUUCAAAUCAGGUUACUAUUCUUGGAACAGGUGCCUUUCCCCUUCCAGUGUGUCCCUAUUUGUGUCAUAAUGUUGAUUGCUUCAUAAACUGGGAUUUGUAGUAAAUAAGGAGAAAAGCCAUUUAACUUCUUUCAAGCCUUUCUUAUAUUUUGGAAGCAAUUUGAAUAAACACUUUUAAUACAACAUAGCCUGGGUGUUUCUAAGAGAAGCUAGUUCCCUUUUUUUUUCUUUCUAGUGCCAAAAAGUAAUGGCGCAUCUUGCCAAAGGCACUUCAGCCUGGCGAUGAACUGCAAAGUUCUGAUUCAGAUGCUAUGAGAGAACUGCAGGUGUUUUCACUCUUUAUUUAGGACCCAAAAUGACAGGAAGAAUUGUAAGUAAAGUGCUGAUUUAAAAAAAUUAAUCAAAGGGGAAUAUCUACUUUUGUUUGGGAAGACUAUCUCUUGGUAGGAAAUCUUUUGCCCCAGUGGCCUCCUUUAAACGGGUACUGUGUGAAAUAGCAGAGGCAAGACUGAUAGAGUAAGUUAUCAUUUAUCUGUUGUUGAAUGGCUGUUGUUCAUUAGUAAGGGUAUCCUUGUGUUUGUUCAGUUGGUUGGAGCAAGGGGGCUCUUUGCAACAAUGACAAAAUGUGGGAUGCACAAGAUUUGUUUUAAAAUCAACCCUCUCUGUACAGUGUUGGUUUGGAUGCUCUCCCUCCAUUAAAUCAAUGUACUGUGUUGCUGCUUCCCAAUCAUUCUGUAAAAUGUAAAUCAAAAUAUACAGCCAGAUAAAUAAGACUUUGUGUCUUGGCCCACUGGACUUGACCAUAGGGUUGAUAGUGUAAAGGCUAAGAGAUGAGGGACAUGGUUUAUGGACCUCUCCUGCCCUCUCUAAUAGUCAAUCUACCUCCUAUCUCUCAUGAAGUGGUCAAGGUUCACUUUGUUUGCCCUCAGUUGAUCACUGACUUCCCAUUCUACAACUUUUCCAAGAGAAGACCUCUAAAGGAUUCCAUCUUAUACUUUUUUAGGACAGGAGAAUUAGGUGCUAUUAAGAGCCUAGUCAGAAUUUCUACAGGCCUUCAUCUGGAUGUGCUUCUAAAUCAGCUCAGUUUCCCUCAGAAUCUUGCCAUCCUUUGCACCGCUUUGCAGUCUUCCCAUUGUAUUCUCCAUUUAUUUCCUUAUAGUUUUCAAAUAUUGAAGUUGCCUUGUUCUUUGCUAAUGCUCUAGUGCUGAUUAUCAGGGAGACAGAGGCCUUAUCUAUUACUCCACCCUGUGUGCUGUUCUACUCAGAGACAGCUAUCCUUAGACUUGCUCAGGAUUUUCUUCAUUCUAAAUUUUUCAUUCCAUCCAAGGGAGAGAUCUUACCUCCUUUUGCCCCUCCCCUUUCCCCACAAUCAUUCUCUAUGACGUUUUUGUUUGAAUUUUAUUCUAGAAGCAGCGCAGUUUUUACAGGGAAUUGUUCCUUGUCUAGUUUGAGGAAAGCCUCAGCAAUGUAGUGUACAGGCCUGGGAAUGGUAGGUCACAGUAACAGAUUCCAUGCAAUUUCUGGUUAGACCAAGCUAAAGCAUAUCCACAAUAUGGAAAAUAUAAAUUUCUGCAACUCUCUGGUUGUAUAUGAAGCCCUUGGUAUGAGCUUUUGGAAUAUAAGUUGGGUAGCAGAGAGAGUUGAUUGCUGUUUAGUACAAAGCUAAAGAAUAGGCUGUAUUCAGAUUGCUAUGUCCCCCACAGCAGUUUUUUUCUUUUGCUUGUUUUUUGAUAGUGCAUAUUGUUCAUUAGUAAGGGUAUUCUGAUGUUUUCAUCAUAUUGGAGGAUACGUCUGAUCCAAAGGAGUAAUUUCUGACCUAUAAAUUUGGAUAAUGUGGAACAGAGAUAAUGAACUAAAAUCCUCCCUGAAAGUGUAAUUCUAUAGAAUAAGCCAUUGAAAGUUUUUUUUUCAAUUCUGUUUAAUCUAUUAGGCAAAUCAUUCAAGACUGCUUAGCUCUCCGCUGUCAAACAAUGAAUUAUGUGGUUAAAAAGGAGAAGGGAAGGAGAAAAGAUCUGGGUUCGGAGACCUUGAUAGUGUUUUCCCUUUUGCCAGAGCUGGCUAUACCAAAAGUAACAGAUUGUGGAGGUAGUUUUCCAAACUUCCAAAUUUAUUGGUAAAAAAUUACCCAAUUUCAUUAGCUGCUCUUAGAAAUUCUAAAAUGCACAACAUUUUAAACCUACCAUGCUUUCUAUUGUGGAAGGGAUGUGAUGUGAUGUUAACCUGUUUAAUCCUUGAAUACAUUGAUUUUAAAAUGUGUUGAAUAUUUACAGAAUUCUUCACACAAGUUAAUAAACCAUUUGUAAAGUGUUUAUAUACUAUUCUUUGUAUCAUGUUGUUGGUACACCUUAUCAACUUUUUUUCGGGCAUGUAUUCCAUUCUUAACUUCUGUACAAUUUCUAUUGUUGCUGUAAAUAUAAAAGAGAAAAAAAAUCCUGUGGUAACCUUAAUUAUCAGCAUGGAAAUGGUUAAUUUUUACUGAGCACAAUGUAUUUUUGAAUGGGCCUUCCAAAAUAUGUCUUUAAUAAAAUGCAGGUUUUGCACUAGAAAACA